CCCCCCCUCCCCCCCCGGAGCCGCGACACACGCUCACACACGACGGCAAGUCAGCCCGCCUCGCGAGUCGGCAAUGUGGAUGAGGUAUGAGACAGAAUGUCUGUAGGAGAAAAGAGUGACGACACCUUGGUUUAUUCCUAUGAAUCGUCUGUGCACAGUACCAGUAUUCUACUGAGCCUCAAUGAUCAAAGAAAGCAAGACUUACUCUGUGAUGUGACUCUGGUUGUAGAAGACAAGGCCUUCCGUGCUCAUCGUUCUGUGCUUGCAGCCUGCAGCGAUUACUUUCUGUCAACAGUGGACUGGAAAAAAGAUUCUGACCUGGUUAUUAAACUUCCUAAAGAGGUUACCGUGAAAGGUUUUGCACCACUUCUUCAGUUUGCAUACACUGCCAAACUUCUGUUGAACAAAGAAAAUGUGUUGGAUGUCUGUCGUUGUGCGGAAUUUCUUGGAAUCCACAAUAUAGAAAAAACGUGCUUUACCUUUCUCCAAGCCAAACUUCACGGGAACGGAAAAGAUCACGCAGAGUUUCCGAGAAAGACAUGUUGCACAUCUAGCUGUCAGAAAACAAACUUAAAGAUUCCCGUUGGUGACAAUGAAAAUUCAGAGGCUGAUGAUGAUGUGGAAGAAUUCUUGGAGUCUGAAAAUCUCCAGAGUCCUUGCCCCAAGCUCCGUAAAUGCAUUGAAGUUGGAAACAUUUGUCCAGCACUUCAAAAUGAGACCUCUGAUGUUAAGUAUCCCUGUUUCAAGCAAAGUAGAUGGGCUUCUCUCUGCCCUAAAUAUCGAAAGUUCCAGUUAGCCUGUGGGAAAGAACGUGUAACAUCAUGGGGUAGUACUUCUACAUUACAAAAUACUGCAUCACAGCCAUUCUUUUCAAAAGAGCAAUUUGAACCCUGUCGGAGCCUGACGUUACUUCCAGAAACGGAGACUGAUGAUGUUGGACUAAUUUUGAAAGAUAAUGAAAGCAAAUUGGAGAGUGAAGUUGGAGGUAUUGAUCAGGGGAAGGAUGAUAAUGAAGCAAAGAAGCAAGUGGAUAUAUGCUGUCCAUUAGGUCAAGGUGUGGAAGGGGAAAAAUCGCUAAGGCCAUCAACACAAAGUAUCUCAGGUAUUGAACUAAAUUGCUCUAGGAGGGAGCUUUAUGAAUUGCCUUGUAUGCCUUUCUCUCAGGCAGAGUUUAUACCCAUAUCAUUGCAAUAUGAAAACUUCCAGAAGAACAGUACAAAUUGUGAAGAAACAAAAGCAGAAAUUGGUGAUCAGCCAAAUAUUUCAGAAAAAGGAGCAGGAGACUCUGAGAGAAAGUCAGUUAUAUUUAGCUCUUAUCCUAAAAGUCAAGAGAAUCUCGUAUCCUUUUCAAGUGGACGGAGCAGUGUGGAAAGGGAGGUGGCAGAACAUUUAGCAAAAGGAUUUUGGAGUGAACUUUGUGGAGUGGAGUCCAGCUGUGAGGCUGUGCCUUUUGUUAAAGGGAAAUGCCCAGCAUCAUUUCACAUAGAGAGAAUUUCAGAAUGUGCACAGAUUGCUACAGAGCCUUCCCAAACUCUUGCUGGAAAAUCUCAAAACACCUUUCUACUACACUGUACUUCUGAAUCAUCGCACCUAUCUGGGUCCAGUCUUAGCUCUUCCAAGUGUCCGUUUGGAUAUACUGCUGGAAGUUCAGUGUGCUCCAGCAGUUCAGGUUUAGAGGAGCUGGAGAGUGACCAGGGACAGCAGCAAGACAAAUGUGAUGACACCUGUGCCACAAAUUCUGGGGAUGAAUUCAGGUCAGACUCAGAGGAUGAUAGCGAGUCAUGUUCUGCCAGAGAACAGGAAUGUGAGGUAAAGCUGCCAUUUCCUGUUGAAAAAAUCACAUUGCUUACUAGAAAUGAUUUUCAAGCGAUGCUGAAGAUGCACCACCUGAAUCCAGAGCAGCUGGAUUAUAUCCAUGACAUCCGUCGCCGUAGCAAAAACCGAAUUGCAGCGCAGCGCUGCCGAAAACGAAAACUGGACUGCAUACAGAACCUAGAGUGUGAAAUACAUAAGUUGGUGUGUGAGAAAGCAAAAUUGCUAAACGAGAAGGACAAGCUAAAGGUGCGUAUGGGUGAAACCUGGGAGAAUUUAUCUGGUCUCUGCAAGCAGAUGUGUAAAGAAGCAGCUCUCAGCUCUGAACAAAUUCAGACACUAGCAAAGUACUCUUCACCAGAAUGUCCUCUUUCAGUUCUAAACAUCCAAAGAAGCACUGCCUGUAGAAAUCUGGUUUCUUCAUGCCCGGGAUACUCAAGUGAUGCACAGAAUAUGGAAUGUAGCAGUGAACAGGGAUCCAGUUUACAGCUUCAAGAGAGAAUGGCAGGUACACCCUCCAGUCAACAAGAAGGUCCUACAAUAAGUCAGUCAAGGACUUCAGAAUGUACUCUGGCCUCAGAACAAUGCUGCCAGACUGUAAUGACUGACUUCUGUCAAGAAAUGAUAGAUAAAUGUACCACGGAUGAGUAAUGCCAGCUGUGUUCUGCACUGUUUCAACAAGAACCUGUAUUCUCUUCCUUAAAUGUAUCCAUCCUUUUGUCUACCAAUAGAGCUUGGAGUCUAGUUACAGGAAUGAACUCGGAAGCAUAGUGGUCUGCAGCGACGCUUUUUUUUAAUCGGCAAAUUUUUGUGCAUGUAAUUUAUACUGUCUUGGAACUAAAUUCUGCUUUCUCAGCAUCGCCUAAUGUUAGAAUCAUUUUAGAUUUUUGCUAUAUGCCAGAUUAGCAUUGCACUUGAGUGAUUUUUGUCAGAAAAUUCAGCGUAAUGUGUGGCAUGUAUUUUUCAUAAGAAUAAGAAUCUUGGCUCAGUUUGAAGUAUGGGAAGAAAAGCGAAAUUAUGUUGUAUAGCGGACUACAAACACUAACUUAGCACUUCAGUAACUUCUUAAAAACACACCACUAAAUUUCAAUCAUGGUUUAAUUGUCUUCCCUUUGUUUGACCCUGGCUUAAUUUUAAAGUGGGUGUGUUUUAUCAGCAUCUCUAUUCAAAUUUGUGCAUUUUAUGUGAAAUCAUGCCAGCUUUAAACUUUAUAGCUCCUGUUAGGGUUGUUCAUUAAAAAUUGAUCCCUAUUUCCUUUCAUCCUGUUGAAGCUUUGUAGCAAUCCUGAAUUGGGGCUGUGCCUCUGUGAAGUUCUGUAACUGAACACUAAUUUAUCACCUAAGCAAAUGAGAACUUUCAAUCUGCGGUUUCCUCAAACCUGCUACAGGAGUUUAUCGUACAAGACCAUUUGAUAGCAGUGAAGUGAAACCUCUAUCUGCUUUCUUCUUUUUGAAGUAUCUACAGGGAGACCAAAAAGUCUUAAAGAAAGAUGAUUUUUUUUAGACAAUAGGAUACAUAUCACAACUUUUUGGACACUCUGUAUUCAUGUAAAUUUAUAACCUCAAUAAGUUCAACUUGGUUUCAAUAAUGUGUUGACAAAAUCUUGUGCAGUUACUGCUCAGUUUGAUUUAGCAAUUUCCCAUUGUUGAGGAGAUUCUGGGCAGAGCUUCAAGGUUAACUAGUACAAGUUAAGUUGCCCCUUUUUCUUGGACCUUUCUCUUUGUUGUUUUUUUGGCAAUACAUUUAGGAGGAUUGUGGUUAUGGAUGGUAAAGUAUUACUGUUGCUAAUCCUUUAUUUGCUUGCACUAGAAAUAAAUAUUGCAUUUUAUCCAAUACAAAAUGCUUAGUGUAGAAUCUACAGUCUUCAAAGCAUAACAGUUUUUAAUUGAUUUUGCGUGAUUCACUUACCUGCCAAGACAUUUUAUGAGUGGGGGAGAAAGAGGGUUAGAAAGAAGAGGCAUAUAAAACUACUACAAUAACAUGAUGAAAAGUAAAUCACAUUUGGGGAGAAAUUUUAUGUGGGUCUAGAUUUAUGCUAUUUAUGUAGCAUUUCAGAGAAUACAGCAUUUAGUAAAUUUUUGAAUUCAGUCCUUAAAAUUGUUCUAAUUUUUUUCUAUAGAAAA